UCUUCAUAAAAACCAAUCAAAUCUGUAUCCCUGACUCAAAGUGGACUCUGAUAGGGCACUAAAGGACAGCCCACUAAAGGGAGUCAGAUGAGAGAGGAACACUGGACAUCACUUAGACUUAACCACUCAAGACAGUAUUUAUUCUGACGUACAUCGAGUUGAGAUCAAGAGGAGAAUUCUGGACUAAACUGAAAAUAUAAACUACCUGACUGAAGUGUAUGUUAAUAUUAAGAAAGCUGCAUCCUUCUGUCAGAUUUAGGGUUGUGUUAAGCCUUUUGACCAGCUGAGCAUGGGCAAAACUGAAGACUCUGGGCCAGAGGAGAGACCCAAAUGGGACAACAAGGUGCAGUACCUGCUAACAUGCAUUGGCUUUGCAGUGGGACUUGGAAAUGUUUGGCGUUUUCCCUACCUAUGCCAAAUUUAUGGAGGAGGUGCAUUCCUCAUCCCCUACCUGAUAGCGUUAGUGUUUGAGGGCAUCCCCCUGCUCUACCUGGAGCUGGCUAUAGGACAGAGGCUCCGCAUGGGCAGCAUCGGUGUCUGGAACUCCAUCUCACCACUGCUGGGUGGAGUCGGCAUUGCCUCUAUGAUUGUGUCAUUCCUGGUGGGUAUUUUCUACAACACCAUCCUGGCCUGGGUGCUGUGGUACUUCUUUCACUCCUUCCAAAACCCCAUGCCGUGGAGCCAGUGUCCACUCAAUGAAAAUCACACAGGCUAUGAUCUAGAGUGUGAAAAGAGCACUCCUGUGAAUUACUUCUGGUACCGUGAGACCCUGAAUAUCACACCUGACAUCGAGACCAGCGGCUCCCUGCAGUGGUGGCUGGUCAUCUGUCUGGCUAGCGCCUGGUGCGUGGUCUACAUCUGUUUCAUCAAGGGCAUCGAGUCCAUGGGAAAGGCUGUGUAUGUGACAGCCACCUUCCCUUACCUGGUACUGACCAUUUUCCUGAUCCGUGCCAUCACACUGCCUGGAGCUACUGAUGGACUGGUGUACCUCUUCUCCCCUGAUUGGGAGAUACUGAAGAACCCUCAGGUGUGGCUGGACGCUGCUACCCAGAUCUUCUUCUCUCUUUCUGUGGCCUUCGGAGGUCUCAUAGCUUUUUCCAGCUAUAACGCAGAGAAAAACAACUGUGAGAGGGAUGCUGUUCUAGUAGGAGUAAUAAACAGUGCCACAUCCCUGUAUGCCUCCAUACCCAUCUUCUCCAUCCUGGGAUUUAAAGCUAACAAUGUCUACAACACCUGUCUACGACAAAACAUCCUGGCUCUGACCAACCACUUUCACAUUUCAGACCAGAGCAUAACAGUGGAGAACUAUGAGCACUGGUUUGAGUAUCUAAAUCAGACAUUUCCAGAUCAGGUGGCCAGUUUGCACCUGAGGCACUGUGACCUGAACAAAUUCCUUGACGAGAGUGUUUCAGGUACGGGCCUGGCUUUUAUUGCGUUCACUGAAGCAGUGAUAGAGAUGCCAGGCUCACAGAUAUGGGCCAUACUGUUCUUCAUUAUGCUCUUCAGCUUGGGCCUCUCCUCCAUGUUUGGCAACAUAGAGGGAGUCCUCACACCCAUCAAUGACCUCAAACUGGUGCCCAAGUGGAUCCCUAAUGAACUCGUUACAGCAAUCAUCUGCUUGAUAGCCUUCUUGAUGGCUCUCAUCUUCACCCUGGGUUCGGGGAACUACUGGGUGGAGGUCUUUAACAGCUACGUGGGCUCUGUACCUCUGCUCAUCAUUGCACUCUUUGAGAUAAUAGGAGUCAUUUAUGUCCGUGGAAUGAAAACUUUCAGUGAGGACAUCCAUUUCAUGACAGGGAAAAAGCCCAACAUCUUUUGGACUGCAUGCUGGAGGGUGAUCAGUCCCCUAAUGCUGGCAGUAGUGCUGGUUGCCUAUGUGAUUGUCCAGGCACAGAAACAUCCAACCUAUCCCACAUGGAACCCAGAUUAUGAAGAAUUCCCCAAACCCGAAGUGAAGCCAUAUCCAGACUGGGUCUUCGCCAUAAUCAUCCUCCUCUGUGUGCUUCCUGUGCUUCCCAUCCCUGUGGUGUUUCUCUACAAACUGUUCUGCCGUCUGCUCAAGAGGUCCACUAAUCGUGCUGAACUAAACCCUUAUUGCAACGAAGGUUUUGAGAUUGAAACACAGAAAGAGAAGUACCGCAGAUCUUAGGAAAUGUUUCAAGCAACAAUAUUACUUUGUGGACACAAAAUGACUUUCUGAUGGUUACACUUCUGUGGAUCUCUCCUCUUAAAUCACAGCAGAACUCACAUAUGAUCAGUCACUUUGAAAUAUAAAAUAGAUGUGCCUAUUAAUUUUUGAUGUCUACAUUCAUUAGCAUUUUUCAAGACCUGAUCUGAUGUAUGCCAUCUCACAUGUUUCUUCAAAAACAAACCUGGAUUUAUUCAACAGUCAAAUUCUCUCCUUUACACAUACUGAAACACGUCGUUGAUUCCACAUUUACAAAACAUUUGAACAUAAAUGUCAUAAAACACUGCUUGAGAUCUUAAGCUUCUUACUGUUUAUGAGGGAUUUCUUUAAGAUCAGUGUAACAUCAUCAUGUACAAAAAUCAUUUAACUUACGAACUGUAAUGGUUGCCAAUAUUUCUGUGGCCUUAUUUACAUAUAAAUUAUUUGCAAAGUGACAUCACGUCUUCUUUGUGGAAAACUACCAGAAUGUGUAAAUCAAAGUCCAGACAGACAAACAGCAGUAGAUUGAGAUGUUCCACUACAGUAGCUGGAUGAUUUUCAGUUAUUUAUCUUUACUCGUAUGGAGGAUGUUGUCUUAUAGGGUGUGUUUAUGACUUAAGUUUAUAAUUUAAGUGUUUUAUAUUUGCUGACUAAGAGCUGCUUUUCUGCUGCCAGCUUUCCUGACACUGUGUAACAGAUACAUUACAAUUUUUUGGGAACAUUGACAGAUGACAUAAAUCCAAAUGACUGAUUUCAACACACUGCUCAUCUCCCUCUCUUGAAACCUGAGGAUGAGACAAGGAGGAAGAAGAAAAAACUUUUUGUUCUACGUAUUGAUUUUGCAAGAGGGUUUUGGAGAAAAACAGACAAACCUCACAACACAAAAACUUCAGAGAAGCACAGUACAUAUUCAUACCUUUCAGCUGCUGAGGGUUUCUUGCUUGCUAGAGGCUGUAAUUGUUUGCUAGUUUGAAGUCUACAUCCGGAUGGUCAAGAAGUCGACCGGGGUCCUGGGGUUGGUGGCCUGUCGGACCCUGGCCAACCUCAGGUCCCCCAAGCGCCACUCCAGACUGCGUUUCCCUGUCAAAAGAUGACAGUGGAGGAUAAGGGUGAUUUUUUUUCUCUCUUCUGGUGAAUUGUAACAUUCAUCCAAUUGAAAUUUCUUAAACGCCUGUAAAGCUGAAUUAAAGGUGGCAAUAAACUGACUUGAUUACA